GAUCUGAACCUGCAAAACCCUGGGCCGCCGAAGCGGAGCACGCGAACUUAACCACUUGGCCACGGGGGCGGCCCUGGCCCAUACCCUUUGACUGAUGCUUCCUUACUGUGGGAUACAGGCAAGAAAUCUGCAUUCCUGAGCUUUGAGUUUCUCACCCAUAAAAUAGAUGUGUUAAUACAAAGCCAUAGCGUUGCAGUGACAGUGAAAUGGGUGAUAUGUAAGAGUCUGGCAGGGUGGUGCAGGCUCAACAAAGGACAGCUAUAUGAUGAAAACUCUUGCCCUACCAAACAUGGUCCAAUUUUCCUGUUUGGCUCUUUGUCCAAGUUUAUUACUGGGACUAGCUACCUGGUCUGCAACAUAUUUGGUCAUAGGCUCCUUUGAAAAUCUGAUGAAAGCUGUGGACCUGAAGAAAGUGUAAAUACACCCAUCCUUAACUUUGCAUAGUUUCAACAGAUUCACGUGUUGGGGUGGGGACCACUGCCUUGAUAGGCCAUUAAUCUUUCUGUCUGUCUCCCUCUGAUUUUAGGCCCAAGUUCCUAGGGGAGAUGGCCAUCCACUCCCAUCUUGACUUCAUUUUACCUUUAGACUAUUUCUCCCUCGUUCUUUGACUCCUUUGGAAAUACCAGCUCAAAAUCAAACCUACCCUUUCUCAGCCCAGACCAAGGACUGAGCUUGUUGGUCUGAAUCCUUUUUAUCCCAGGCGUGCCCUGCUGAGAAGACCCUGCUGUAAGCCCUUCAUGUGCUGAGCUGCUGCUUUUGGAUAAAAUUGGUAAAGGCUGCUUUAAGCCUCUCUCUCACCAAAGGGCUUCCCUCUCUAAGCUUGGGGCAGGGAGCUCUGUAGCGGGGCACUGAGGCAGUGGGGGCAUGGAAUGUGGUGAGUUGUAAUAGCUCAGUGCUCCUGUACGUGAUAGGGGAUCUGGGAUCAUUUUAGGGACUAUUCUGUCUGUAGAAAUCCAAAAAGAAAAGGAAAACUUGUGUAAAGUUCUUAAGGGAGGAAGAGGGACCGCCGCUGUGGGCCUCAGCGCCUGUCACCCAUCCCCUGGAGCCGCCCUCCUGGAGUGGCUCCUCCACCUGCUGCUGGGGCACAACCACUUGCUCAUUUAGCCCUUCUUUUCCCCAGCAGUGCUCUUGCCCCACAAGGGCUUUUUAUCUCUGGGCUACAGAAUGUGGCAAAGGGAACUGUGUUCAGUCUGCCAAUGCAGUCCCCGAGAUGCAGGCCUACCUAGUGCAGGCCCAGAAGUCUAUGGCAGUUCCAGCCAGCAAAAAAGCAAAUGCACUUUAACCCUUUGUUCAAGUUUUACGGGGAAAAGUUUUUUCCAUUUCACAGUCUUUCAUUUUUUAUUAGGCACCUCCUGCUCAGGGACUGCAAAAAGUUUCCAAUUACUGCCAAGCCCUAAUGAUCUCCUCUCUGCCUGGAAUGUGUUUCAAACGGCUGCUCGUGUAGCUAUACCGUCUUUCUCCCAUUUCAUCCUAGGCACUUGCCUCAGAAGCAGGAAAUCCCUGGGAGUUGUAUUCAGAGUUACCAAGCUAUAAGCUAUCAAAUGUGCUUCGGUCUCAUUUUCUUCUUGUAAAUUAAUCAUCUGAACUCCCAAAUGUCAGUGCCCGAGAGGCCUCAGAGAUUUACUCCCAUCUCCUUGGCACGACAAAAGACUAAAGCCCAAAGAGGGGAAGGGCUGGCCUGUGGUCAGUUCCCCUACCUAGACCCCCGGCUCCUGCCUCCCAGCCAAGCAUUCUUUCUCCUUCUGGCUGAAGUUGUUAAAGCCUGCGUGGCCCUUUCUGCUAGAGGAAGGAACAUGUAGUUGUCUGUUUGUUCAUUCAACAAAAUACUUGACUGCAGACAGCCCAGAUAUUUUCAAUUUUUUUUUUUUUAACUUCAGGAAUAGGUCUUCACAGCUAGAGUGUGGGAAACUGUGGACAACUGCUGUCACUUCAGCCUAAUGCUGUCUGGAUUCUGCUUUGCUUUUAAAAAUUUGAUUUUUUGCUCCAUGUUUAAUUUAAAUAAAACAACUACAGAGUUUGGGUAGACAUCUGUUGAAAUACCUUCCCUAACAGUGGUUCCUUCCACAGGCAGUCACUAAUGGGUCUUUUGGGAGGAGGGGGUGCAAUAUAAGAUAGAGGCUUGAGCCGCAAAGGCUUCUGCAGUGUUGUCAUCUUGAUGAUGAUGAAUGGUUCUUUUUUGCCCUAUGCACAGGGAGCUGGGGACCUCAGGCCCUGCCCUUGGCUGUGGUAUUGGCUUUAUAAAUUAACACGAAAGUCUGGUUUGGUUUUGCUUGGAGUACAGGAAGACAGAAAUGGAGGAUUAGUGAAAAGUACCCAUCUUCAGAACAAGCAUUUUCCAAAUCUCAUUUGGCAUGUCACUCCAGGCUGGUUAAUGGGAGGCUGGCACUGAGUCCACAGACCCAACUGGCUCUAGGACACCACGUUGUUCAAUCUUUUGCUUAUCUAAUCGGAUUUGUGUUCUUACCCAAUGUUCUCUAGGUCACCACAUAGCCUCUUCCCCACCCCACAAAAGUUCCUAAUUAAGCUCCUACCUGGGGUCAUUUAGUAUCCAAGCUCAGGGGUAAAGGGAAGGAGCAGCUAGCCAGUCUCAAACUGCAGGAUUGGGUUUGGCAUAGGUCUGCUUCUCAAUGUUCCUAAAGUGCAAACAGUGCUGUCUCCUUCCAGGCCUGGCUGCAUGGUCCUGAGAGGACUGGAACCAGGACAGACAGAUCUGUGGAGUCACACUGUGCCCAAUCCCAACUCUGAGGUCCACCAUACCACCCUUUUCUCCCUUGGCAAGAGCAGUGGUAACCAUCCUGUUCCACCUUCAGCUGUGCUGCAUCUCCUCACUUUUCCUUGGGGAAUAGGCAGCCUCUUACCAAAUAUGCAACCUCUGAAGAUGAGAAGGACCUUGGGAAGGGCUAUCAGCUAAGUUUUCAGGGAGACACCAGGCAGAAAAAGAAUCUUGUUGCAUUUGUUUUGUUGGCGUAUCCUUCCAGGUCAUGGGACGAUCUAGUCUUUAUAUCUCCUUACUCAGAAUUCACACUUUUCCCCCCAAGUUUAUUAAAAUGUCCAUGUCAUUUAAUGAGUACUCAUAACUACUCAUGGUUUAGAUACAUGCCCUUUCUUGAUCUAGAAACCUGCAGGAGUUCCUACUUAAGCCAAUGGAUGUUCUGAGCUUUGGAGAUAUCUCAGCCCUAUGUCUGCUUCCCCGAGGCUACUGGGAUAUGCUUCGUAGAAGAUCCUAGUCAACUACUGGGAGGAAAGGCCAUAAUUCAAGGCUUGCAAUGAUUUGUCACCACCACCAUGCUCUUCUACUGAUUUAGGAGCCCCUGCUACUUCCUUAUUCAUGUUUUUAAAGACAAAACAAAAAACCAGCCUAUACUUAUUCAUUCAAUUCACCUGUAGUCCAAGAAAGUCUCACAUCAGUCCUGAUUGCCCUUCCCCUGGGAGAGGACGGGUAGGCCAGACUGACCUUUCCACAGCUAGGUCUCCAUUCUAGGGAAAUGACCCGGAGCAGGCUGAGCGACAGUCCAUCUAUACAAAUGAGGUAUCUGGGGCACUGCAGACCAUGUGUGCUGAAGCGUCCUCCCACAGAAAGGAGAUAAUGGGCCUUCUCCAGUUGCCUGUAACACAAUAGAUCAGUGCUGCUUUCCUAGACAAGGCUGAAAGACUCAACACUUUCUGAAGACUUCAUUAUUUGAAUUCUAUUUUGAUUAGAGUGAUCUCACUGAGCUAUUUUGGAAUCAAAAUAUGGCUAGGUGCCUGGUCUCCCUCAAUGGCUUCACGUGGCUUUCAAAGGGAAAGGAGGGAGUAGUGCUGACUUUUGGUAAAACGGGCGAAAAGGGUCCAAGCCAGCAACAUAAUUCAAAGUCCAGGUGAGGGAUCAGUAAAUAGCAAUGUGCCUGAAAGGCAGGCCUUGAGCACAUUCCUCUGGUAGACAUUAACUUAUUAAAUCGACCCUGAUUGCAAAUAUAAACUUUGCCCCCAUCUCACCCGGCAACCAUAAGAGGCGGAUCUCAGUCUAUAAAGGGAAGUGAGAACUGUUCCUGGGUCUUGAGUUCCCAUAUCCUCCCUCUGUCAAGAUGUGGCACCUGAAACUCUCCGCAGUGCUCAUGAUCUGCCUGCUGUUGUGGGGCCAGGUAGAUGGCUCCCCAAUACCAGAACUGAGUUCAGCAAAGAGAAGGCCACGGAGAAUGACUCCAUUUUGGAGAGCAGUUUCCCUCAGGCCCAUUGGAGCCUCUUGUCGGGACGAUUCUGAAUGUAUCACGAGGCUAUGCAGAAAAAGACGCUGUUCCCUAAGUGUGGCCCAGGAAUGAUGUCCAUACCAGGGGAAAAGAAGACAGCAUUCACCUACAACAAUGCUCCAUUCUAUGGAAUACUGAUUAAUUGCAUUUUGGCUGGAGACACUUAAGUAAAGCAAUAUCGUGUUUUUAAUAUUUAAAGACAGAUGUAUGCUUUAAAUUGGUCUCCGUUUCUUCUUAGAAUGUUGAUAUGUAGUAAGCAUAACUAAAUUUGUCAAUUUAGAGUUUAUUUUUUUAUGUGUACUAUUAAAUGUCUCAAAUGGAAA